GCAACAGCGACUGCUCGGUUUCAUCAUGCGGUUCAACUGCAAGAAGAAAACACGCCACGCGUCUUUGUAUCACCAACCAGGCGCGAUGUGACGACCUCUUUGGGGUUAUUUAGAGACGCCACUGUGCCAGCGAGCCCCGGUUCGUCUCAGUGUACGCGGUCAGCAGUCCCACGCCGCCACCCGUGCAGUGGAUGAAGAUCGUCCGUGGACAGGCCAGGAAAGCCUGGCUGAGGACGACCCCGAGAUGUGGGAUCUGCUGCUAAAGGAGAAGGACAGGCAGUGCCGCGGAUUGGAGCUCAUUGCGUCUGAGAAUUUCUGCAGUCGAGCAGCUCUGGAAGCUCAGGGCUCCUGUCUGAACAACAAAUACUCUGAAGGCUACCCAGGGAGAAGAUACUAUGGUGGAGCAGAAGUGGUCGAUCAAAUUGAGCUGCUGUGUCAGAAACGAGCCUUGGACUCCUUUGACCUGGACCCAGCUCUGUGGGGUGUCAACGUCCAGCCGUACUCUGGUUCUCCCGCUAACUUUGCUGUCUACACGGCCGUGCUCAAACCCCAUGACCGCAUCAUGGGCCUGGACCUGCCUGACGGAGGACAUCUGACACAUGGCUACAUGUCCGACGUGAAGAGGAUCUCUGCAACAUCAAUCUAUUUCGAGUCCAUGCCAUACAAGCUGAAUACUGCAACAGGACUCAUAGACUACGACCAGAUGGAAAUGACGGCCAAGCUGUUCAGGCCCAAGCUCAUCAUCGCUGGCACCAGUGCCUAUGCCCGCCUCAUUGACUACGCCCGCAUCAAGAAGCUGUGUACUGACAUUAAGGCCUACAUGCUUGCUGAUAUGGCCCAUAUCAGUGGCCUGGUGGCUACCAAAGCUAUCCCUUCUCCCUUUGAACAUUCUGACCUGGUCACCACUACCACACACAAGUCCCUCCGAGGAGUCAGGGCUGGCCUCAUUUUCUAUCGUAAGGGAGUUCGCUCAGUGGACAAGAAGGGGAAGGAGAUCAUGUACGACCUUGAGGACAAGGUCAACUUCUCUGUGUUCCCCUCCCUGCAGGGUGGACCACAUAAUCACGCCAUUGCUGGUGUGGCUGUGGCACUGAGACAGACACAGUCUCCCAUGUUCAAGGAGUAUAUCUCCCAGGUACUAAUGAACGCCAAGUCUAUGGCUGCAGCUCUUCUCAGCAAAGGCUACACCCUGGUAUCAGACGGGACCGACAACCACCUGGUCCUGGUUGAUCUGCGGCCUAAAGGCAUUGACGGGGCUCGGGCCGAGAGGGUGCUGGAGCUUGUGUCAAUCACCGCCAAUAAGAACACCUGCCCCGGGGACAAGAGCGCCCUGACUCCUGGUGGCCUCCGGCUCGGUGCUCCAGCCCUGACAUCCAGACAGUUCAAAGAAGCUGACUUUGUGCAGGUUGUCGAGCUCAUGGAUGAAGGCUUCAAGAUUGCCUUGGACGUCAAGAAAAAGACCGGAAAGCUCCAAGACUUCAAAAACUUCCUCCUUCAGGACCCAGAGACCGUUGCUCGCAUCGCCAACCUGCGGCAUCGCGUUGAAGCUUUUGCCAGGCCCUUUCCCAUGCCAGGCUUCCACGACCAUUAAACCAAACAAUAUAGAGUCUGUGCGGCCAUAACAGCCAGGUGGCGACAAGCUGGCUGAGUGUACAAGGCGAUGGAGAAAUGUCAUGACAGUGAAAUGCGGUUGCUGCCUGUGAAGCAGGCUGGCUCCUUUUCUUUCUUUUUUUUUUCAAUCAGAUCUAGAGAAACAACAUUUUCUUUCUUUUUUUUUAUAUAUAUAUAUACUUCUUGUAAUCCAUCAAUCCGUUAAUGUAAAAACUCGGCCUCCCGUUUGUGGUCAAGAACCUAUAAAGUAACAGUUUUUGUAGAACUGGAGAACAUAUUUUCUAUUGUAUGCGUAAAGAUCGAUCUCGGUUGUCAUCACACAAUUCCUUUAGUGUGGGUAUGAGGGAAGAAGAGAAAAUUAAACAACCAACAGCUCUGUGACUGGAUUGGUAUAUAAUUAGUUUUUUAUAAUGAGCUCUACUGAGAGGUCUUAAAGCUGUAAAGAGUCUUAAUUAAUGUCACUAAUGUUUUAAUUAUAUUCACAAGGAGAUGUGUGCAUGAUGGCUUUCUUUUCUGUUCAUCAAACCAGGUACACAAGGAGACUUUGAGGUGAACGGGUGGUCAACCGUACAACGUUAUGCUGGCUUUUAGAUUUAUGUGGGGCACAUUUUUUGAAGAUCAGAAAUGAACCCUAAAUGUUGUCAAACAUUAUUUAUCAAAGUUAGACCUUUUUAACUUUAAAGUUUUGUGUAUCUUGUCUCUAAAAGUCAGAUUACACAGGAGGUGGCCGAAAUCAUUUCAACAUCUUACAUUCUAAAAACCCAAUAAAGCAACACUACAAAAUGUAUUUAUGUUUACAGUUUUUUUUUUUUCUUUCUUUUUAAUCAAAUCAAAUAUAUACUCUUUCUUAUUGGCGCUAUUGCAAUGUCUUUUUUUGUUCCAGCAGAUCAGUGAUGUUAGAUUUGAAUUGCUAAAUAUUUUGUUAUGAUGGAUGAUUAACCAAAUGGAAUAAUAACAGAAAAUGUCAUUGUAGAUUAUUUUAUACGUUUACAAAGUAUCUAUACUUUUCUAUGUAUUGUUUAAUAAGAACUAACCCUGUAACAGCCAUCAUUUUGCAUAUAUCUUGAGGUUUCCAAUACCAGCUGGUUUGUUGUACUAGAAGAAAGAGUAUUUAUAGUGCAGUCUGUCUAAUAUUUCACAAUGGUGGAAAUUGUGAAGCAGUAUCUGGCUCCCAGAAGGGAAGUGUUGUCGUUAUCACUGCAUCAGUGAGAACUGUUUGAACUGUUCGUACAGCACAAUCGAGAAAAGAGCGUUAAAAUUGGUGUUUACUUUCUUACUUUGCACAAAACACUUCUAAAGUGAACCAAAUCAUAUGAAUUAUCCACAUCACACGUUUUUGACAGCAAAACUAUACCAAUAAGUAUUUUACUACUUUGCUCAUAAAUCUUUUUGCCUUUUUAUAAUCUCUGAUAUGUUGCGGGCCUUUUUACUGUACACAGUUUGAGCUAACUUUCUUUUACAGAACAUUUUAUUAACUUUUAAGUGGUAUAAACCGAGUCCUAAUAAAAUUCCAUAAUGCAUCAA